AUGGACUACUGUUUCAUGGGUAUAGACGAGAAGGAUUCGGAGACGGCCACAGUCUUGGUGAUUCAAGAUAGCGCAUCAGGGUACAUGGGAGCUGCUCAAGUUACAUCGAAGGGACCAUCAACCUACACGGGUGCAUUUCUGAGCAGCUUCUGCGACGAUGUCGGCUACCCUCGGGUGACGCUGCAGAGUGACGGCGAGCCAGCUAUCGUCUCGCUCGCCAGGGCACUGCUGAAGGAUAGGAGCAAGGACUCGAAGGACAUCCAGACGCAGAUCACUCUGAGGCAUUCGGCGCCAGGAUCACACGCCAGCAACGGUCUGGCGGAGUCGGCAGUGAAGGUAGUCGAGGGACUCGUGAGGACGCUGAAGCACGAGGUUGAGAAGAAGUACGGCGUUCAGAUCAAAGGAGACUCUGCCAUCCUGAGUUGGAUCAUCAGGCACGUCACGUUCGUCCAGAACAGGUUCAUGUACAAGCGCAACGGCAGGACGGCCUUCGAGGACCUCAAGAUGGUCAGGUUUAACUCGCCACAGUUGAACUUCGCGGAGAAUGUGCUUGCCAAUAGGUCAGGAGUUCCUGACAACAGGCUGGCCACAGCCUGGACGCUCGGCAUCUGGCUCGGGCGGGCGACGGACACUGACGAGCACAUCGUGGGCACGCCGACGGGCAUCGUGAAGGCCCGUACGGUCAAGCGGAGGCCCAAGGAGCAGCAGUGGGAGAAGGGGCCGUUCAACGCCAUGGUCUUCCCGAUAUGGUCGCAGAACGACUUGAAGGAGGUUCGGGAUACCCUUGCAGGUUGGACGCCUACGCAGGGGUGCCAGGCAUGCGAGGACGAGCAGGCACCAGUCAGGCGAGUCGGCAGGCCGAGGGCGCAUACGACGGCGCGUUUGCAGAGGCAGGCGGAGUUCAAGAGGAGGCAGCUGCAGGGCGAUUGCAGCGCGAGCAGGCGCGGCAGCAUCGCCAGGAUCAGCGAGCAGUUCGGCGGCAGCGGCAGCUCCUACGACGCGGAUCACGGGGAAGAGCGACAGCCCAGCAAGAGGCCACCACCAUCGGCGGCCGACAGGUCCGACGUCGAGAUUACGAUCAAUGUGAUCGAGGAGCUGCGCCCCAACGAGGAGGAAAACGAUGAGCAGAUGAACAAGCGGGUGUUACCACAGAGGGAGUUCACCUGGGAGGAGAUCAAGUCAGCGAGGUAUGCAGAGUUCGAUCGCCUGGAGGAUUUCCGGGCGAAGAUCGACAUUCAGCGCACGGAUGUGGACGGCCCGUUGCCCACGACCACCUGGGUCGACGAGGCACGGGCGGAGGGGGUGAAAUCCAAAGUUUGCGCAAGGCCUUUCACUAUGCCAAAGGAGCCGAAGGACAUUUUGUACACCCCCACGCCAGGCGCAUCUACACUUCGGAUCGUGCUGGCAUUGGCAACGAUCAUGGGCUGGAAGGCGAAGUUCUUCGACAUCUCGAGGGCAUUCCUGCACACGCCCAUUCGUGACAGGGUGUUCCUCGAGACUCCAGCGGAGUACAAGCAGUACUGCAUCGACAACUUCGGCUACGACCCAGGUGACGUGGUCUGGCUGAUGCAGCGCACGAUCUACGGACUCAACGAGGCGAUGGUGGAUUUCGACGCGCACUACAGCGACAUCAGUGUGAACCAGCUCGGCAUGAGGAGGCUGAUCUCGGAGCCGAACAUCUACGUCAGCGAGAAUAGCAAGGCGCCCGUGUCGAGGCACGUGGACGACGGGCUAGUUAUCGGCGAAGGAAGUGCUCCCGAUGAUUUCCUUGCGGGGUUUGGUCGACAUUUCCUGCUCAAGAUCACGCCAGAGAUGACGACGGGGAGUUCGCAGCUACAUCUCGACAGGGUCAUCAAGAUGCUCGACAAUGGUCGGGGAUAUACUAGUCAGAUCGCGGCCAAGACGAUUGAGAGUUUGUUGGAGUUGCAGGGAGUCGGAAGCGGCAAGGCGGUGGCAACGCCUGGAGUGAAGAUAGACGCUAAGCAGGCCGACGAGCAGCAGCUGAAUAACGACCAGGCCAAGCGAUUCCGUACAGGCACUGGCAAGAUGCUACUCAUCGCCAGCGAGCGCUACGACCUGCAGUUCGCGACGAAGGAGGUCAGCCGUGGGAUAAGUUCACAGACGACUGGAGAUGCGAUGCGGCUUAAAGAGGGUCUGCAGGGAAGGCUCGUCAUCGGCAAAAUCACGACGGCCUUCAACAGCAGCGACCUGGGCACCAAGUAUCUAGAGAAGUCGGAGUUCGAGAGACACCGCUUGGCGGUGGGCAUCAAGCUUCCAGAGCGUGGAGCUGAAGGACAGAAUCGGCUCGGAGUUGCGACGGUCAAGCCAACGAUGGUUGGGAAGGCUGGUUCGAGUUUCGUGGAGACAGUCUACUACCAGCUCAUCGCGGUGUUUUGUUUCGUGAUGUUUGCCGUGGUCUUCACCACGGGGUUUUACCUCGGAUAUAAGAUGGGGCAGUACCAGUCGAGGCCCGACGAGAGGAAGGAGACCAAGCAGCUUCCUGCUACGGUGUGUGGGAGAGACUUGGUAGUCAGGCAGAGGACGACGGUGGCGCGGCCUGCGCCUAUGGAGAACUGUUCGGUAUGCAUGAUGAUCUACGCGGACGAUUUUUCAGUCAAUGCGAUUCGAGAGAGGUGCUCGAAGCACCGUUUGGACACGAGCGGAUCUAAGAGUGAUUUGAUUCGGCGCCUCAGGACGGUGGAGUCCUGGUGGCGGUGA